CUAGACAUUUUCACUUUUAUAUUUUAACCAAGUACAUAUUUUUGUAUACUAGUAUCUCUAUGUGAAUACCAACUUUCAACUUUGGGGAGAGCCACUUUGUUGUAUUUGGAUAAAAAUAAAACAAAGGAACAGGUGAGUGGAUGACAAGGAAAUUCUAAAUUAUUCUUCAAGGAAUAACCCUUGUAGCUGUCAUGUGAGCAAACCCUGAAACAAAAUUGGGAAUUAAUGCAAAAAUUGGAAACGGGAAAAAGUUUGGCCAAACUUCCAUACAUCUUUCUGAACAGUUGGGCAGAAAGUUACAGCUUUAGACAAUUUUUUGUAAACAACCAUAACUCUCUCAUUUCUUACUAAAAUGGGCUUAUGACCAGCCGUUGGAAAGUUAUUGUGACGAGAUUUCAUCUACUACAUUAAUCACUGCAUAAAAUAUUUCUAAUAGAGAGAUAUGUGCAUUUGAAGUUUGUGCUUAGUCAAUCUUCAAUGAUUUCAAGGCGUAAUUAAAGACACUAGUUUUCCUUAAGGAUUUGUUGUAGAAAGGGAACUUAUCGCAUACAAAGGGUUCCAUCCUAAAGCCAAUUGGUAAUAGGUGGAGUGACUCACUAGGCUUAUAAGUUAAUUAUCCUCUCUCUUACUCUUUAAUUUGGAACUCACAGUCACAUGUGGGUCAUAUCUAAACACAUGGUUUUCUAUCGUUUUGUAAUUCAGUGGAUGUGGCAACAAUUUAUAACCAUUCUCCCCUUUAUCAUGGUCAGAUUGGUCACCUUUCAUUUCUUAUUUGUAUCUAUUUUAAAAUCUAUAUGAUAAAUGUCUUUAAAGAUUAGCAUAAUGUUUAACAUAUUUGUGGGAAGCUCCAUAAGAUGAAGAACUAUUAAAUCAAAGGUUUACUUAUGCAGCCGUUUUCUUAUAAAUGUUGUCUUCUUAAGAAUAAACGCAUUAAUAAUUACAAUUGUAGAUUCUUAUAAUGAUGUCCAAUCUAGUUUGGAUCUUUUUUUUUUUUUUUUUUUGGUUUCCUUGUGUAUGUACUAUUGUAGUUUUAGUAUUUAAAAUAAUAUAACAAAUUUAAAGCCUUAAAUGUAUAACUUAUAAUACUACUCUCUUAUAUUGAUCAAGAAUUUACCUUUUUGUUGCUGACAUCCCUUCAUAAUUUUGUGUUCUAAAAGUGCCAUAGAAGCUCAAAUUGCCCAAUGUGCUGGCAACCUAUCAGCCUGAAAGAUAGAGCAAGUCAACAGUUGCUGGAAUCCAUGGAGCAAGAGAGGAGUCUUAGAGCUAAUAGAUCGCGAACUCAGACAGAAGUCUAUCAUCCCAGCCUAGAGAAUCUUGAACUGCAUUCACCUACCGAUGCUGGUGAAGUUGAUCUUGAAGAGCAUAUAUAUCAGCACUUGGCUGCUGCAGCUGCCAUGAGAAGUGGACAAUAUGUUUUCCGGAGGGAAGGCCAGAGGAACAGGUCAUCAUCACAGCGACACCAACCAUUCUUUGUUUUCUCAACGCCCAAUGGUCCUCAUGAUGCUUCUGUUUUGACUGCUAUAAAUCUUGUUGGUGGUGGAGGUCACGUGACUUCAGUGUCUCUUGGAAGUGCGUCAGUACUGAGGCGAAGUAGUCCAGAUGCUUCAGUGCCAGUUCCACUCUCUACAUCACUGUCCGACGAGGAUUUUUCUUAUAAGAUUCGCUCUAAUGUUGAACCAGCAAAUCGACAAAGAGUACUAUCAGAAACUCAAAGCUUUGCUAGUCAACCUUCCUUGGGAAGUCAGUACACAGAAGAACCAUCAGAUCUGCAGUCAUUGUCAGAAUCUUUAAGAACUCGCUUUAAUUCCUGGUCAAUGAGAUCCAAGGAAUCUAUUUCAAGGAAUACUAGAGGCUUGAAGAAGGAGAGGCUAAUUGCUCGGAGAAAUUCCGUGGCUGAACUUGGUUCUGAGGUUCGGAGGGAGGUGAAUUCUGGGAUUGCUGGUCUUUCUCGCUUAAUGGAAAGACUUGAUAGCAGAGUGAAUAAAGGAUCUGAUCAUGUCUCCCAAUCCAGUCAUUCAGGUAGGGGCACCAGAAAUGAUAACUCAAAUGAGUGAUGGCAAAAUGCCAUACUACAAGCUCAGCAUUUUUCCAUGCUUGGGAUUUUUACUUCCAAAUGGCGGUUGUAAACUCCUGUGGCACUCUGAUGGAACUUUACACCAUAUGAAACGUAAGAGUUCACAUGAUCAAUUGUUUGCCGAUGUAUGUAUGCAUGUACGUAUGUAUAUAAUGAUGUAAACAAUUAAUUAUUGAGAAAUUGUUUCCACAAUCUGUGUUUGUAUGGCUGUAAAUCUAUGCAAUGAAAAAUAUGAGGAAUUUCUUUGCCUUUU